UCCUUUUAACCGAGAAUUAGUUCAUUUUCGUUCAUCCUCAGACUCUACUACAUUUCCCAUGAUCCAACACAGCGGAAGUGAAAGCAGAAGGCGGAAAUAUGCGAAGGUAAAAUAACUACGAGUGAACCGAGUUGAUGACAACUAUUUAACAUAAAUUUGGCGAACCAAACGACUAUUUUUUCUUCUAAAUAAACCAGGGCGUCGCUAUUAAUAGAAAAUUAGACUUUUGAUUUGACGUAUAUCGUCGACGUAGCGUUUUCGCGCUAAAAACUCCUAGCGCUGUUGUCAUGGGGACAGUAACAGCUAACUGCUAGCGUUAGCAACAGCUCCGUAUGUUUCGAUAUUGACAAUUUAACUCGGUUAUAUGUUCUCCCAGGGCUGCAACAUUGAUCUGAUUUGAUUAAGAUGCUAAUUUGGCCCCUUUACACGAUCAAAUACGACAAUUACAGAUAAUAAAAGCGUUUUCUCAGCCUGUUGUAGACUCAUCUUCUUAUUAAUUGUACGUCGAUUUUGCGGAGAUGUUGUACCUAAGGUUUUAUAUUACACAAGUCACACAAAUAAGCAUAAUAAGCAGGAUAUGUUGUUUAAAGAGAAAUGUCCCCAACUCCUCAGUCUUCACAUUACACGCCCGUGUGCAAACAGGACACACAGCAAACAACUCCAUAAGUUUGCUCUCAUACACUGUAUUUUUUUUAUUUGGUGGGCGGGAGUGGAUGCAUCAUCUCCAAAGAAAAAGGGAAAAUAUGUGUACUUACCUUCUUCUCGUGCUUUAUGAAUGUUCUGUAUUCUCACACAUAAAAGUAAUGCUGGAAACCACUUCUUUUCAUUGUGUAAAUUAUCACAUGCCUAAAAGAAACACACUCAUAUUACAGUUUCUUACGGGGUAACGGUUGACUCUUCUGAAGCUGUGGCAGAGCUUGCGGGGUUAGAGGUGGAGUCAGGCCCCAUCGAAGCUGCUACUGAAGAGCUGCCUUCUAAAGGAUCAAAAUCUUUGCAGGACAAAGUUGUCUGGACACCUGUAACCAAAAUAUAUGUUCAAUAAACGAAAAUACCUCUAUGAGGUGUGAAACACAGAGCUGCAUGAAAAGCUUUACAACAUUUAAGUUAUUGCUGAUGUCUUCCAAGGUAAAUGUAGCAUAAUGAGCAUGGCUGCAUACCUGCACUUUUGUGAGAUGGUGCUAGAGUCUUCGGGGACAGCUGUGUGCCUACAGAACGUGCUUCCAUGUCAGUGUGGCAAGCAACAUCUUUUGAGGAAGGAGUCUGUACGGUUGUACUAGUUUGUGAUGAGCUGGUCUGUAAGGAGGCACAUGGGGUUAGACAAAACAUCUUCUCACUACAAAUUGACUUGCACCCGGGUCAAGACAUACGCUACACAGACACUGGAAGAAGUACUCUGGAGCUUCUCUGAAGCCUUUGCUAAUGAAUAGGAUGGCCGACCGUCCAGCAUCAGCCAGGACGUCCCGUAUUAGAGGCGCGUUGCCGCACGGGUAAAUGGUCAAGCUACAUGCUGCUCCGGAGGGGGCUAAAAUACGGGAGGAUCCGGUAAACCGGCGCAGAUCCGGUGUGUUUAUCAAAGCGUGGUGGCCGUGAUGAGGCACCGGGGGGGAUUUAGGCUAAACAGUAAGUCAAAAUAAAACGUUCAUACUUACAGAUGCCACCUUUGAAGUAGGAUCCCGGAUAGUUGGUACGGAUCCAUUCUUUAUCUUCAGACAUCUAGCAAAUCCAGCCUUAAACUGUCCCUCGUUGAUAAAACAGUCCGAAGUGAAAUGGUGAGCGCACACGUACAGAUAUUUUGGAAGUGCCGCGGGUACUUUCCCAUUAUAAAUGAAAUCCACCCAUUUAGUCCUCAAAUCCUCCGACGAAGGAGCUCUCAACAGAGUUUUGUGCUCGUUUGUGCAGCUAACAACAGAGCAAACGCUGCCUCUUCUUUCAGAUCGGGCUUUCGCCAUGGUUCUAACCGGAACAAUGCAAGCCAGUGGGAAUAAUGGGGGUGUUUUGAAAAUUUUGUGGGCAGGGCAGUGGGCGGUUCCAUGGGCAGGGCCACCAACCAGCACUUAUCUGACGUCAUGUCAGUAGAGUCUUCAGAACGGCCCUCUCUGAUCUGAGCACACACUUCCUGGAUACGGAGAUAACUCAAAAACGACUGGAUGGAAUUUUUUCGAACUUAGGUGGCUUGUAGCGGUUUUCUCUCCCUGAUAUGCACCCCUCCUGUUAACAAAGUCAGUUUUUCAUGUCAUGGCCCCUUUUUUCCUGCCAAAAAGGCUUUGCAGCAUUAUGUGUGAUAAAACCAGCCUCCAGCCAGCUCUGAGAUGAGGAUGGACGCUGAGGACCUGUUUUUAUCUCUAAAUAAACUCAAACGAAGCCCUGAGAUUACUCUCCUUUUCCUUUUAACCGUGAAUAAGUUCAUUUUUGUUCAUCCUCGGACUAUACUACAUUUCCCAUGAUCCCACACAGCGGAAGUAAAAACAGAAGGCGGAAAUAUGCGAAGGUAAACUAAGUAUGAGUGAACCGUGUUAAAGACAACUAAUUUAACAUGAAUUUUGGCGAAUCAAACGACUUUUGUGUCUUAUAAAUAAACCAGGGCGUCGCUAUUAAUAGAAAAUGAGGUUUUAAUUUGACGUAUAUCGUCGACGUACCGUUUUAGCGCUAAAAACUCCCAACGCUGUUGUCAUGGAGACAAUAACAGCUAACUGCUAGCGUUAGCAACAGCUCCGUAUGUUUUAAUAUUGACUGUUUAACUCUGAAAUAUGUUCUCUUAGGGCUGCACUAUUGAUCUGAUUUGAUUAAAAUUCUAAUUUUGUCCCUUUACACGAUCAAAUACGACAAUUACAGAUAACAAAAGCGUUUUCGCAGCCUGUUGUAGACUCGACUCGAUUAUUUGUAGUUGUAUUUCGGGAGAUGUUGUACCUAAGGUUUUAUAUCACACAAGUCACACAAAUAAGCGUAAUAUGUGGUUUUAAAAGCUUUAACAGCUUUAACUUGCACUAUAAGGAUGACACCAAGUGAUCCGUGUGACAAGGCUUGGUAGUGGGAGCAGAAGGCCGAAGUGUGUGUUAGUAAAACAGAGGGAGAGAGUCACCACAAGAAACAGAUGUAGGCUUUAAAUGGACCAUUUAUUUAAAUACAACUCAUAUGACAUGAAAUUAGAUAUUUCGACUAGAAUGGACAAACUCAGUAGGUUACACCUUGAGCUUUUUGUAGGUUAACAUUCAGCUGCUGGAUAUAAACGCCAUCCACCGCCACCUGAAAACCAACCCUCAUGCGGUUGUAUAAGUAUCUCCUGAGAUUUUUGACCCCAUGUCUGACUGUGUUGUGAUUUUCAGAGUGAGCCGGCGGUCCUGUGAGGACGGCCCGCUGCUGGAGGAGCAGGAGACUGAGGGCCAGCGGCAGCUCCACAGCCUCCUGCUGCAGCAGCUCCACACUGAUGUGGACAUUGACAGGUCAGAAUCUUUACGUAGAAUAGAUGACCUCCAAACUAUUACAACACCAAUCCUCUGAAAACUGGGACGCUGUGUAAAAUGUUGAUGAUGGUUUGAAAAGCCAAUAUUUACUUGAGAAAAGUGCAAAGACAACAUGGACGAGUGGAAAAUCCAAAUCUGACCUCCUUUUUGGAAAUCAUGGACACCACAGUCACGACUCUUGAGAGGAGAGUGACCACCCAACACACAGUUCCAGCACCCUGGAUCGUAUAUUAAUUAUACUAUACUAUAUUAGUAUGUAGUAAUAUUAAUGCUGAAGAGGUUUUGGAGAAACAAAUAAAAUCUUCUAUCAGGCCAGAGUGGGUCAGUAUUUCAGAGGCUGGUCUCCUUGGUGCUCAAACAUUUACAGAGUUUUUAAAGAAGAGAUGAUGCAACACGUCAGAGUUAUCAAAUUUAAAGCAGGUCUAUAUUUUUCAUACAACAAAAAACACUUCGGUUUUAAUUAUUGAUGUCUGUCUUUUCUGUUCGAUAUCAACUUUAAAUAAAUCUCUUUUCACUUCUAAAGAUAUUUGUCUCCCUCAAAUGCAAACUAUAGUCAACCCCUUUCACGUUGAGUUGAAGCGGUGCUGAUAAGACCUGUCUCGCUGUUCUUUUGUAGCUUAGAGAGUCUUCAGCUUAAUUCCCAGCAGGUCCAGCUGUACUAUAAGAAAUUCUCAGUUAUGUUUCCUCCAGAGUAUCCAGCAGAGCGGCCUGGAGGAGGUUUCAUACAGACCCUCAGGGCUACAGAUCGACUCACUCCAGAAACAUCAUGUGACUUUAGAAAUGUCUGCAGCUGUUUUUGGUCUGGCGGACUUCAUUUUCACAGUCUGACCUCAUUUUGAAAUAAAUCCUUUCUUUCAGAUGUGUCGCCAAGAAGCAGUGCUUCGCCCCCGCAGCACUCUACCGGCCGUUCGGGGAGCAGGCGGCCGGGGUGAGGAGUCUCUCCCAGUUCCAGGCCCUGCAGGACGGUGAGAGGGAGCUGGCCAGCCUGCGGGAGCUGGGCCUGACGGACGCUGAGAUCCAGCUGUGGAGGAGCAGAGACGCACCGGAGGGGGCAGAGAAGGUGAGAAAAAGUGACGUUCAGUGUUCUCCUUUUUCAUCUUUUCUCCGUUUUUCUUUAUUAGAACAAAAAUGUGUGAAAUAUCACCAUGUAGGCUACAUGAUGUUGGAUGUAAAAGGAAACCUCUCAGAGGAAACAGUCAUAAAGGUGCUUUAUAUAAACCUCAUCCCUCCUCUGUGCCCACACAGUCCCAUGGUGUGUGUGCAGCUCCAGGUGCGAAGCAGCAGCGCCUGCAGGUGAUCAGAGACAAGAUUGAGGCCCGGGCAGAGCUCCUGUCCCGCCCACAACGCUUCGCCUCCAGCCGCCCGCUGUCACGACGGGAGAUGGAGAUCGAACAGGCGCUCUUCCAGGGGAACGAUCGGCUGGGAUUCCUCGCCGCGCUUUACCACAGAGGUACGGAUGGACGUCAAACUGUCUGUUUAUUUAUCUAAGGAACUUCAGCUCAGUCAGAUUCACGUCAGAAGAAGAAAUCCCUGUUAUUCUUGUGUCAUCCUCCACAGAUGAAGAUAACCAGGAUGGCCAGCAGGGGGAGUCGUCCUCUGAUCCAAUGGACUCCCUGUACAGAGACAUCCUCAGCAAGGAGAGACAACGAGCCCCACAAGAGGACUUUCAGAGAGACACAACAGCAGGGACACACAGAACUGAAUCAGACCAGAACCAGGACUCAGAGGACCACAACCACCAAUCAGAAGCAGCCGCUGAUCACCGCUCAGAGCUGCAGGUGGGAAAAGGGUCAGAAGAGUCAGAUUCAAGUUCAGAGACUUCAGGCCAGCAGCUCCCCCAGGACAGACCUGCUGCUCCGACUAAGAUUAACAUUAAACAGCCAAUCAGGAGUCUGUGUGGAGCGGGGAGGUCAGGGGGGCCGCAGACUGUGAGAGGGGAGAUCGAGACGAUCACAGAUGAAGAAAUUCUGGAGAACCGUGAAUCUGAUGAAGGGAUCCGGAGCAUCCCGAGGUUUAGGAACUACCAGCCGGGAAAACCCUCAAAGGUAUCGACGACCAAUCAAAAACCACCGAAGACCAGAGACCUCUUAGUGUUUGUGAUUAUGUAUGAACCCAACCCUGACCACGAAUUUCCACCGCAUCCGGAACAGCGGCGAUUUUUGCCAUACGCCAAUUCCUACCAGAUCUGUUAGUGAGGCUAAUUUCAUGGCAGAUUACGGACAGCAGUGGGAAUCACGAGAACUUACAGAUUCACGGUCAAUCGCGCGAUAACGAGCUGUCUCUCUAAAGACAGACACAUAGACAUAUAAGCAGUAGAUUGUGUCCUUCCAGAGGAGGAAAUCUACUUCUAGACUUCUAGAAUCAGCAUCUCCUCAUCCAUGGUGUCAUCGGGGUGAAACGACGUCUAAAAACCUUUCACUUGUUCGUCUCCGCCUGUUUGCACAAAAUCACGAACUGAUCUGUGCUGAAUUUAUCCGCCAUGCUCCGGCGUCCGGAAAAAAUAGAACUCUAGUGAUCAGCUGAGGAGUCCAGCGAUCCGCAGAGGAACGGAAAGAAGUCGGUGUAAAUUGACACGUUUACUUGAUUGGUUACGAUUGGCGGACAUGACCUUUUUGUAGCUGUUCUGGAUGCGGUGGAAUUUGGGGGUGACCGAGCAUACGCCCCUCAUCCCAGUACACACCAGUACACAUGACCAACUCCAGUAACCAGGCUCUGGAUUUGUGUGUCCUCACAGGUGCUGUGUGUAAAGAACCUGAGUCCACAGGCGUCAGCGGCCCAGCUGGUGGCGCUGUUCUCCAGGUUUGAGCAGGAAAACGGGCCGUCAGUCGUUUACCGUCUGCUGACAGGAAGGAUGAAAGGUCAGGCUUUCGUCACGCUGUCAGGUAAGAGAGACCGUCUGAACGCUCUGAUCUGUCUCUGCAGGUUUUAGUCCAGAGAGACUGAGCCGUGUGGACUUUCCACUACGACACACAUCAUCAGAUCUGCUCUUGGCUCGAUUUGUCGUCCUUUGGCAGAUGCCGAGACGGCCCAGAAAGCCUUGCAGUUGGUCCAUGGAUACCGAUUGCUGGGGAAACCUUUGGUGGUGGAGUUUGGCCGUGAGCGACAGGAAGAGGGGAAACAGAAGGAGCAGGAUGAGGACUGAGCUGAAUGAAGAUGUUUAAUUGAUAUGGAUUUAACUGACUGGAUCAAGAGUCUCUCUGUCGGUUUGGUGUAAAUAAAAGUCUCUUUUUUAAAAUCUGAA